AUGACAGUUUCUGGUCGAAGCAUUAUUGUGUUUGGAGUUAUGAUGACAUUUGUCUACAUUUUAAUUUACGUUUAUGGUUCGUCUAGGCGUUCAAAAGAUCCAUCCGACCCAAGAUGCAUUGCAAAAGGAAGUGCAACUUUAGAUGAAUUAGAUGCCAUACAGAAUUUUUCAUUUGAUUUUCCGCCAGAUUAUAUUUACUCUAAAGACAAUAAAAUAUGGCAUGAAGUCUUGACAAAAAGUCUACGCCAGAUUUCAAAGGAGCAAUCGAAUGUAUUCAACGAUACGUAUCCUCUCAACGUGAACAUGCGAGAGUUGGUGAACGUAUACAAAAGCGGAGGCUACGUUGCCCCACUUAAGGUUAAUGAAUAUCCAUUUCAGUUCAUACGAAACCCCACUAAAGUAUGUGAAAAGGGACAAAAAGUGUUUCUCUUAUUCCUCAUCAAAUCUGCCCUACGCCAUUUUGAUAGACGACAAGUGAUUCGUCAGACUUGGGCCAAUGCAGAGGUCUGUAAGAAAUUUGGAGUUCGGAGGCUGUUUUUAACUGGAAUAAUGCGAGGACAGAAUCGAUAUCAUGAGUUUUUAAGGAAUGAAAUUUUAUACUACGAAGAUACUCUCCAAAUGGAUUACUUUGAUAUGUAUUACAACAACACGUGGAAAACACGUGGUGGAAUUAAAUGGGCGGUCAACGAAUGUAAACAAGCCGAGUACGUUAUGGUAGUGGAUGACGAUUUCUAUGUUGCUUCCGAUCUCCUCGUCCAACUUUUACAUACAGUUGGCAGGUCUAGGAAUUUCUAUAUGGGCUGGCUAAACAGGAAUCCAGUUCCCGUUCGGAACAUGCGUGAUAAGUGGUUUGUCUCUAAACGGGAUUUUCGGUACCCCGUUUAUCCGGAGUUUAUCAGCGCCGGAGCUAUUGUAAUGUCCAUGGAUUUUGCCGUGGACAUUCAUAUUGCAAGUCAGUAUACUAAUCAUUUCAAAUUUGACGAUGUGUUCAUUGGUAUAGUGGCUUCUAAGCUCAGGGUGAGGCCUGUUUCCUGUAGUCUAUUCUCCAUGUUCAAAGUCUGGUUCACUGCAGACCGCUUUUGGAAAACGCUUGUAUCGCAUGAGUACAAACCCAAGGAACUUCUACAGGCGUGGAAAUGUCAUCUUCUUAUAAACAGCCAAGGGCUGGAUGGUAGCAUUGACACGUCGUAA